CUCAAUGCAGGCGGGCGGAGAGGCGGCGCGGCGUUGUUUUGUCGCCUCGAAUUCACUCAGCGGCGUUCGAGCGGACGCCCCUCCGAGCACCAUGAGCGCGUCAGGGCUGCCCGGGAGCAUCGACAGCGGCGGCGGGUCGGGGCUGCCUCCGCUGCCCAAGAGCCUGAGCGGGUUACUGAAUUCUUCUUCCAGCGGAGGCGCCCCGGGCGGAGCCGGGGGGCGCUGGAGGGACCUCGAGCGGCUCUACGCGCAGAAGUCUCGGAUUCAGGACGAGCUGAGCCGGAGAGGUAGUGGCGGCGGCGGCGGCGGCGGCGGAGGGGGGCGAGGAUCUCCUCGCCCGCCGAAGCCUCCCAACCUAGACGCCGCCUUGGCCCUGCUCCGUAAAGAGAUGGUUGGCCUCCGGCAGCUAGACAUGUCAUUACUGUGUCAACUCUACUCUCUUUAUGAGUCAAUUCAGGAAUAUAAAGGUGCCUGCCAAGCAGUAUCAAGUGCAGACUGUGCAUAUGCACUGGAAAACGGCUUUUUUGAUGAGGAAGAGGAAUUUUUUUAAAACGAGUAUUUCUUAGCAGAGCCAUUUCUUUGAGCGCAGAUGGAGUUGGCAGUUAAGAGAUGAGCACUGUUUAAUUGGAACUCAAAGUGCAUCCCUGCUUCUGCUGAAGAAUUGUUCCAUUUAUUUCUGGCGUGCUGUUUAACCCAGGUUACACAUUUAACCUGCUUUAGGAAAGCAAAGUGCAAUGGAUUUUGAAGCCGCCUGAAGCGUGCGUGACAGGUCAUGUCAGUAUAAUUUGUGCACAGGGUGUUUCUAGAUGGCAGAUGCUGACAAGUAUCCUUUUAUAAGCAGUGGCGUGCCAUCAUACCUGAAAGCAACGUCAUCUCAAAUAUUCUGACAUGUAAAGUGGUAGUUAUAUAGUUUCUGUGUUUGUAACCAUUGAAUAGACCUCAUUACCUUAAACAACAACACCUUUUUAAAGCCUCUGAUCUGUGGGAUUGGAGUUUUACCUGUUCUAUACCACAUAGGAUGAAUUCUGUAACAUCUCAAUUUUCUAAACCUGUUCCAAAGUUUUUUACUUGUGUUGGUGAUUCAAUUCCCUUUCUUUCUAAUGUCAGAAUGACUUUUAUUUAAACCAAUGUAAUAAAAAUUGUGUAACACUUCCUCUAUUUUUACUCAAAUGCAGUAAGAGCAAACCAGACUAGCUCAUCGUACGGCUUGCAGCUCCAUUAGCUUACACAACUGUUAUUUAGUUGCUUAUUGUUCAGUUAGUAACUUUUAAAGUUUUACAUACAUGGAUUAACAGCAACAUUUGUAGUACUAACAUGCUUUAGUACUACAAAUGGUGAACUUGUUUCUUACAAUCCAAAAGGACCUUCAUGUGUAGGUUAUUAUAUGCAGUUUUGCUUUUUGUAUUGUAACAACUGGAACUGAAAUUUGUUACGCUUUUUAAUGGAUGUGUAAAUUAGCGGAGGAAUCCAAGGAAGGUUGCAUGGCUGCCUUUGUGGACUAAAGUGAAUUCUGAAACCCACAGCCUACCUCACAUGAAGAAGUUUAUAGGAACCCUGAGCAGAAGACGGAAACCUCUGAACUGAUCUUGCUUUGUGUAGAAGUGGUGAGAACCUCAUUGAUUUCAGCUUCCUGGAAUAUUUCCAUAAAUAAUAUAUGCAGCAGGAAUGUGUAUUGCCAUGCAGCUGCAUGGUACCAUGUAAGUAACUGAUUUGUUUUCAUGUGGAAGACCUGUUUUAGGAUCUGGAAAUGUAUUUUCAACCUCAAAGGGGAGAAGUGAGAAUAUAACAGUAAAUAAUAAAUGAAA